AUGGAGAGUGGCAAGAACCGAUUUGCGGCCCACCAUCCUGAUGAGGCGCAUGCCUUCUUCCUACCUUUUAGUGUGGCCAAGGUCAUAGGGUUCCUCUACAGGCCCCUUGCCUCCUAUUCAAGGGAACCCCUCCGACGUUUGGUCACUGACUACAUUGGUGUUGUGUCCACAAAAUACCCCUACUGGAAUAGAUGCCAAGGGGCUGACCACUUUAUGGUCUCUUGCCAUGACUGGGCACCUUAUGUUUCAACUGCAAACCCCAAGCUGUACCGAAACUUAAUUAGAGUUCUUUGCAAUGCCAACACCUCUGAAGGAUUCAAACCUGAUAGAGAUGUAACAUUACCCGAAAUCAACAUCCGUUUUGGACGCCUUCCAAAACCAAGCUUUGGACAAUCCCCUUCAAGACAGUCCAUCCUUGCAUUCUUUGCAGGCCGGUUCACAUGGCUACAUUAGAAAAGUCCUACUAGAGCAUUGGAAAGACAAAGACGAGGAUAUCCAAGUUCAUGAGUACCUCCCAAAAGGC